AAUGUUUUUGAAGUUGAUUCCGAUUCUGGCAUGGUCACACUUAAGAAACAACUAGAUCGUGAAGAAAUUGCCGAACACGUACUUUACAUAAAAGCUCAAGACAGCAACAGAGAUCCUAUACUGCGCCUAAGUGGUAAGUGGUGGUAUGCUUCAGUAGAGGAAAUGGUAAAGGUAUGCAGCCAACAAAAAAAUAUAGAAUGAUGCAAGACAUAUUUUGGCUAUUGUUAUACUGGCAUGGCUUAAGCCGAUAGGAAUAACCAGUUUGCUCUCAAAUUCUUGACAGAGAUGACGAAACGUGCAUUCUUCUUUAGAAACUACUAAAAGUUUUCGCAAAAAGUCUUCUGAAUCAAUGUUAUGCUCCUUUUCAGAUGUUACAAAGCUGGUUAUCAGAGUCACGGACGACAACGAUAACAAACCGCGAUUUUCUACCACCUCAUAUCAGGCCUUCAUACCAGCCAAUGCCAAAUCAGCAGAUCGAGUAGUUCAUUUGUCGGCAACGGACUUGGACAGUGGCAUAAACGGAUUAGUAUACUACAACAUCACCGAAGGCAAUGACAACGAUAUAUUUGCAAUAGACAGUUCCAGUGGACUUAUUACACUUGGAAAAACACAGGUCGCUUCCGCUGCCCAAGAGAGUUUUUCUUUGACCGUUGAAGCUUUGGAUGAAAAUGAUCAAAGUAAGAAAGAUACUGCGACGGUUCUUGUUAAUUUGUUCCCACCUGAUGGUCCCCCACAAUACCCAUCUCCUUCGCUUAUUUUAAACACCAAAGAAGGCCUUGCGGCUGGAAAUAAGAUUGUUUCUGCGGCAGCAGCUACUACUGAAUACGUUAUUUAUGAGAUAUGUUCGGGGAGCGAAGAUGGGGUAAUUCAGAUUGACCAGUUCUCGGGUGAUCUGGUGACAGCACAGGAGCUCGAUUACGAAAAAACGACUCAAUACAAGCUGUGUGUUAUGGCUCGAGACAUCAAAGGCCGCACUGCCCAGCUGGAAGUGACUAUAAAUGUUCUAGACAUCAAUGAUAACCCUCCUUUUUUUAUUGAUGCGGUUGAUGGAAAGGUUGACCGAAAAGUAGAAGUGGGUAUAAAAAAGGGUGAAGAAGUCACACAAAUAGAAGCUUACGAUCUUGAUGGUACGUCAUCCAUGCAAUAUAGGCUUUCCAAGGAGGCAGAGCAAUUCUUUUCCAUUGAUAAUCAAGGUAUCAUAAGGGCAAAAAGGGCAAUGGACGGUACUCUACCUGGAAAGAGAGCCUUAGAACCUCUAUCGAUCAUUUCCUUCAAUGUAGAAGCUACGGAUAGUAAAGGUGUUGCAACCACACCUGUGCGUUUAGCGUUUGCAAAUUACAAUUCAGGUCAAUCGGCGCUUGCUGUGAGUGUUCCCGAGAACACUCGCGUUGGAAGAACAAUUGCCGAGGUCCCAAGAUACAUCCCUGGAGGCAUAAUGUUCAUAUUAUAUCCUGAACAAACUGUUUUUGAUGUUGACGAAGAUGGAAGAGUUAAGCUCGCGAAAGAGCUUGAUUUCGAAACACAGGCAAAGUAUGUCUUAACAGUUAGAGAGCAAGGAAUGAAAGUCACAGGGCCGUUUACUAACGAUGUUGACUUGGAGAUUUCUGUUGAAGAUGUGAAUGAUAACGAUCCCAGAAUUGAAAUGAGAACAAAAUAUGGACGAAUUAAUGGCAACGCGAGAGCGGGUGCAAAGGCCUUACAGCUGAAUGUUUUUGAUGCAGAUAUUGGUCCAAACGGACUGGCGGGUUAUCAGUUGAUUUCAAAGGACACUCCAUUUGGCAUCAAUCCUUUGGAUGAUACCAUUGAAGUUGGCGGUGACCUGGCCAAGAGUCAGUAUGACUUGGAAUUAUAUCCCUUCGAUUACGGUAUUCCACAACGCCAGAGCUCUCCUAUCAAAGUAACAUUAGACGUUGGACAACUUCCUCCAAGGUUUGUUGACUUUGACGAUGAUGGCUAUAAAUUUGAUGUACCAGAAGAUGCCAAAGGUGGAACAGUCGUCGGUAAGAUCACCGCUGUCAGCGCCUCAGGUAGCAGAGUUGGAUACGUAAUUGUGGAAGGGAACUCGGACAACAGAUUUAAAGUAACAGAGAACGGCGAGAUAAAGUUAAAUUUUCUCUUGGACUACGAAUCACAAUCCAAGGUAUAUAACAUGGUAGUGGAGGCUGUCGAGUUGAUACCAUCUGGACUCACUUCUACAGUCAAAGUAAAAAUCUCUGUUUUAAAUGCUAAUGAUUAUUACCCAGUGUUCAAAGAAGGAUCUUACCCGGCGAUUGUUGAUGAAGACGUCCCACUGGGAACAUCAAUAUUGACGGUGAGUGCAACAGACUGCGAUUGCAGCCAAGACUGCAGUUGUACGCCGGGCCAGCUACAUUUUGCAGUCAUAGACAACGAUAACUUUACAGUUGACCCAGACACGGGAGUCAUAUCAAACGCCCGUUCUCUAGACUUUGAAAACCAGAAACAGCACAUCUUUCGAAUCGAGGUCUCAGACGCGCUAGAAAACAAAACUAACGUUGAUGUGGCCUUUGUUAAUGUUACAUUAAGGAAUACGAACGACAAUCGACCUCAUUUUGCAUUCGCUGAGUACAGACUUAUUGUCGACGAAGAAGCAAAGGUUGGUGAAGCACUGGGAGCAGUGGUUGCUCAAGACUUGGACCAUCAACUCAUCACCUACAACAUUAUCGUCGGAAAAGGACCUUUCCAGAUAGACUCCAAUACUGGUAUUAUAUCUCUGCGAGAGAAACUUCCAAGCGAACCGUGGGAAUACACUUUAACCAUUCAAGCAAACGAUUUAAAAAGCCAGAGCGACACUGAGGUCAUCAUUUACAUCAGGGAUAAGAACAACAAUCAUCCUGUGUUUGAAAAGUGUGACAAUGUUACAGUGACUGAGAACCUUCCGGCCGGGGUAGUAGUGACUCAGGUGUUGGCAACGGACAAGGACCGCGGUAAAAACGGCGAAAUAGAAUACAGCAUCGUGUACGGUGACCUCUUCUUUCAAAUUGACAAUACAACUGGUGUUAUAAAAAGCAUGCAGAGCUUUGACCGUGAACUUCAGUCAGACUACAUAGUGGUCAUCAGAGCAGAAGAUGGUGGCCAUGGAAGAAGUUCGUCUGAGCGUCUUCUCAGGUACUGAUGACGCAACAUAGGUGAUACAUAAAUAAUCUUAUUUUGGGUGACCAAAGUAUUUUUAAAAGUCAGUAGAGCGUUUCGAACACUGGCCUUUAAUCUAUUUUGCUCUUUAUACAUCCAACGACAAAGUGACAUCUUAAGGUACAAAAACAAGGAUUCUAGAGGUUGCUCCAAAAACACCGGGCUUAAGUAGUUCAACAUUUCAAACUUCCUGAUCUGAAGCCUUUCUUUUCGUAUGGGCAACAUGCAAAGAAGUAAGCACAAUAAAGAUUUCACGCCGGGUCAGCUUUACUCCUGAAACUGCAGUCUAGGAAUAACUUUUACAGUUUUUGUCCGUCUGAGUUCAAACUUUGCAGGAUGGUAGAACUUUGUAUUCCAAAUAAUCUUAUGUUUUUGGUUUUCUAUUUUAAACUGGUUUUGGCGGGGAAAUGACGUCACAUGAUUGACAGUAAAAUUUAAACUUCAGCUAGUGACGUAAAAAAUAGAUAAUUUGUGAAGUGCUCGACGGGGUAGUAACAAAUGGGAAAAUUUUUUUUUGAAAAGCUCAAUUGCUUUAGGAGAUAUAACAUUUUGAAAUGUGUAUCUUUGUAAAAAUAAUAAAAAAAUGGUGGGAAAUUCAAAAAUCAAAGCUUAAAAACUAUUUAACCAAUUGAGCUUUUCAUAACAAUUUUCACAAUUAAUUUUAUCGCGUUGUUCUCUUUAAAAAUCAUUUACUUUUUUACAUCACUAGUUGAAAUUUUAAAAAAAACCGUUAAAAUCUAAAAACAUACGAUUAUCUGGGAUACAAAGUUCUACCAUCCUGCAAAGUUUGACCUCAACCCGAUAUAAACUUAAAAGCAAGUUAUUUCUAGACUGCAUUUUCAGGCGUAAAGCUGACCCGGCGUGUUUAUUCUUUCAGGUCGUUUUUAUUUAUCCUCACAAUUCCAAUAAACAAUUUCUACUCAACACCUAACCAUUUUCCAACCAAAUGCAUAGCUUUACCACUGGAUAUAUAAUCAUACAACCCAUAGCUCCCUGUUACUGAAUGAAAAUGACGACAAGCUAGUGCUGCAAACGUCAGUUUCUCUCUCUAGUUAAACUCAGUUUGUGAUAUCGACCAGUUGUCUUUUUCUUCGAUGGACGUACUCUUUGUAAGUUCAUGGCUUUGUGUCUGGUUAUUUUUUUAAAACUUGAAUGAUUAUGCUUUGAUGGGUAGCGCCUGGCACCUUAUCAGCCAAUUAUGAACAGUCCUUGUUUAUCAGCUGUUUUGGCGAAAUAUAUUAUGAAUUUUCUCAUGUGAACACAACUAACGUUCUUUUAUUGCCGAAAUCAAACUGACGAAUAUUACAUUUAAAGCAUCGACAUUGAUGUUUAUUUUCUAGCUGACUUCUAUUUCACUAAUUUCUGCUUUUACAUUUUGUCAGCUACUGCCGAGUCAGAGUAGCAAUAAAAGACUUGAAUGACAACUACCCGAGCUUCCCAGCUUCGUCGCAUGAUGGAAGCGUAUGGAAAGAUGCUCCUAUUGGUACAUCUUUCAUGAUUGUUCACGCCAUCGAUGAAGACGCUGGGGGCAAUUCCAAAGUUAGAUAUAGCUUUGUUGAGGCGAACGACAAGUUUGAGAUUUCUGACAAUGGAGUAAUAUCUACCAAAGUAUCAUUAAAGUCUUUCGUUGGAACAUGGACUUACGAAGUCAUAGCAUCUAACACAGAACCAAUGUCUGUUGGCGCAGGGAACUCUGAGAGUCGAACAGCGACAAUUUCUAUCUAUGUUACAGAGCUACAACCUCCAAAGUUCACCAAAUCAGUCUAUACUGGAAGCAUUGAUGAAAAUAGUGAGCCAGGUGUGUUAAAAAUGUUAAUAGCAAUGAUUACUGAAUUAUUGUAUCAGUGACUCUCAUAAGCCCAGAUAAAAUCUUUAUGCAGAAAGCUUUGAAGUCGCCUCGUGGGGAUGCAGCCCGAAAAAACCGUUCAAAGUUUUUUUGGGAAUAGCCAGGCUUAGAUCAAGAACAAAAUGAUCAUUAUUUUUAAAAUGCUUAUCUUAUUCUGUUUUGCCACACAAGUUAACAUUAAAAUGAGAAGGAAAACAAAGAAGAAAAUGGAGGAAACAAUGACCAGAAGGCCUAAGAAAAUAAUGAAGGCUAUGUUAAUUGGGCUUCCUGUGGCAUAUAUUUUGUAACAGCCUUGACUUCAAUAGAGCUGUGUGCAGUUAUUAUUUAUAGACCCGAAACUCAGUCAUACAAACUGAAAUUAACAUUAGGGAAUUCCUCAUCUUUGUCUGACAUUUUUCAUUAAAAAGGGGAAAAUGACAACACUCAGACAAAAAAUGCAAAUUAGUCACUUUGACGUCAUUCGCGCGCAACGCUAUUGAACGCGGUUUCGUAAAACAUCGCCACCUGUCAGUGUAUUGCAGACCAGCAUUUGAUAUGGCUUCGAUAUCGGCAAAAAUGUAUCUGCACACCGCUGCAAAUUUCGCUCAAAUUCAUUCACUAUUUUUAUUUCUAUUUUUUUGCAGGUACAUCCAUCUUAAAAAUCACAGCAACAUCAAUGAAUGGUCAACCAGUAGCUUACACUCGGUUAAUGCAGCACGGUAAUUUCGAUCACUUCGAAAUAAAGGGGGACGGUACUAUUGUGUCAGGAGAAGACUCCUUUGACUACGAAACGAGACCACUUUAUCGCAUGCAGUUCCGAGCACGCGAAAGCGAUCAGCUAUUUUCCACAUGUCUUGUCGAGAUCAAAGUCAAAGAUGUAAACGACAACUCACCUAAGUUCCCAACGGAGAGGUAUGACGGCAGAAUUCUCGAGAAUUCACCGGAAGGUACUCCAGUCAUACGCGUUCACGCAAAUGAUGCAGACACGGGUGCUGGUGGAGAGGUAAGAAGUAGUUUAGAUGGAACUGGUUACUCCGUUUUUGCGGAGGAAUCUCAUUACUUUGCCUUUUGGCUUUACCUCCUGAAUUAGAUGCAGAUGAAUCAAGAUAAGGUCAUGUGCUACUUUUAGGUGGUUGAAUAGGUUUUCUAUUUAUAUCUAGGUCAAUGAAGGUCUUGCUUUUUUAUUGCCUGAAUAAAAUCUAAGAAAAGAAUUCUUUGGUUAAUACAUGUUGUCUAAGGAAUAAGCUCUAACUCGCGGGUGACUUACAAUCACUAAGCCCAAACGUAAUUAUGCUUUUUUGUGUGUGUCAGCGUCAUUGCCCUUUUACAGACAACUUGACGGUUCACUUAUCCUUGGCGCAAAAAUCGUGUAUGUUGAUGAGGACACGUUAUCCCUAGCCACGUUCCUAACCUAUAUAGCGUAAAUGUGCGGCACCCAAAUCGGUAAAUUGAUCUCUUCGUUUUUUGUGUCACGCGCGAUAGCUUAACAUUACACAUUAAUUAAGUUAAUUGUAACCAUGAUUUAUUUUACUGAUACACAAGCUUCUGUUACGCUGUAACCUCAUAUGGUCAAGAAUAUACACCUUUUCCUAAAUUGGUGGUAUUAUCCCUUUCAUUUAAAUUUAUGAAAAGCAGCCCUAUUUUCCUCCAUUGCAUCUGCAGAAUUCAAAAGAUCUCUUUCCGUGAAUCCAUGAAAUGAGACUUGGAGGGCCAAUUGUCAUAAAGACUAAAUAAUAACUAAAUUUGCAACCAUUCGGAAAAAAUUGUAUACAGCUCUUUCCUACGGUAACGUUAAGUCUUCGCAGGGAAUUAUAAGUUAGUAAAAACUAACCAGGUUUGUUAAUGUCAUUUGUUAGGUCACAUAUGCAAUAAUGCCAACCCAUGACUACCAGUAUUUUACGAUCGACUCCGUCACUGGUGUUAUAAGAACUACACAAAUAUUUGAUCGUGAAAUCGCAGAGCAGGCCCACCUUUUAAUUGACGUAAAGGCCACUGAUAAAGGAAGUCCCCAGAGGAGUGAUACAACUUUUGUUGACAUCGAAGUUAUAGAUGAUAAUGACAUGGCUCCUGUGUUUGAAACCACGGAUUAUUCUCUGGAAGUUGAAGAGGAUGUUCCUCUUGGAGAAGUUUUAUACUUCUUUACAGUCAAAGACAACGACGUUGCUCUGAACAGCAUAGUGAAUUUUUUUAUAUCUGAAGGUAAUCAAGAUCAAGCUUUUGAAGUGAUAACUAAGUUUAAGCCUAACGGAGGAGAGCUUAUUGUUGAAGAUAAACUGGACUUCGAGGCUACGAAAACAUACAGGCUUAAAAUAAUUGCUACUGAUGGCAGAUCAGCCAGUCAAACGGCGAAUGUGAACAUCAAGGUAAGAAAUAUCUUCCUUUUCAAACAAUUGAAGGGUGAGCAAUAUGUUGUAGCACUCUCCUUGGCUGUUUUACAGGCAAGAUUUUUAUUACGGGCUGUUAUCACAGAAAAUGAGUAUGAAGAAUUUCUUAACCCUUCCUACUCGCAAACAAAUAAAGUUUCUGAUGGGAAGGGAUUCAUUAGAAAUAUUAUUUUAAAAAAACAGACCUUUAGGGUGAGGCCCUUGUCUUAAGCCCAUUAGAAUACAGGGAUGAAUGUGAAACACCCUGGGAAACAGCUUUAUUUUCCCCUGACAACUGAACCUCAGUCCAACGGCUAUUUAGGAAUCUAACUUGCUUGAAAUCGUACGGAGUAACAUGGGACUUUGUGGUUCUCUCACUGGAUUGCCUUUUCUCGGUCCUUAAUGCCAGGACCUUGUGACAGUGUCAGGUAGACUUUGCAAAGAAAAUGUGACGAAUGGGAUGACGGUGCGAUGCACGCAGAUCUAAAAAGCGGCUUAACCAAUGCCAGAACUUUAAUUGAGCCCCAGAGGGUCGCAUUCAGUACUUCUCAGCGUUUUCGCGUUCGCAUUUAACGCUGCGUCCUUUUAGCUAAAGAUGCUAAUGCAGCUUUCGUGCUCGGUUAGUUAGGGUUGGUUUUUUAAAGUUCUCUAAAUUUGAAUGAGGAACACCUAACAUAUGGAAGAGACUGCAAAGGCUAGAAUUUCGACUUUAUGAGAUUGUAUAUGGACACAAAACUGCAAACAAAAAGAACUAGGUUUAAAUUGUCGCAUUUUAAUAGCCUCUCCCACCCAAUAAAACUAGUGUGGACGCUCUAACCGCUGAGCUUAUGGAUAAAGAGGAGCGGUAAGUAAAGUCAUGAGUAAAGUAUAUGAUAGCUUAAAAACAAUUGCGCUUUCUUUCUCUAAAUUUUCCGCAAAAUUCGCGAUAACAAUGACUCUCCCUUUUGCCUAGGUUCUUGACGUAAAUGACAACGCACCAGUGUUUACCCAGCUUCGUUACCAGGCAACAGUUUUAGAAGGAAGUCCAGCUCGGCAACUGGUGCUUACUGUAUCUGCCACGGACAUUGACACCACGAAAGAUGAAAUUGUAUAUUCCUUGGACCAAACAGGUUUGCGGUACUUUACGAUUGGAAGAAAAACCGGGGAGAUACACACAAGUACAACUCCACUGGACAGGGAAAAGACUCCGGUGCUGAACUUCACAGUUUUGGCUUCAGAUGGAAAACACACCGGAAUGGCUGGAAUCAAGGUGAAGUAUGGUACUGCAACAGCGUAAGCCGCAUGUAACCCACCCCACAACAGAACCUAUAGUAUCACGAGGACAUUCAUACCCUGAGUAAAGAAAUGGUUUCUGAUGAGUCUAUUUGUUAAUUUGUAAGGAGCUCUUGUAGAGUUUGAAGAUGCAACUCAUUAUAAUUCGCACUUUUUAACUGUAACCUUCAUUCACUUUAGUUAGAUCACAAAUUGAGUAACAAUUUUCGCAGUAAUAAAAGAUUGUUAAUGGCUUGCUCUAUCAGGAAGCUAGUGAUCUAAAGUAAAAGCAUUAGCAUUGCACCAAAUAAAAUCGCAGUGGCAUCCCCGUUUGGAGGAGAAGUCGGGUUAAUGACCUCGCCUACGAAAUAGACGGAAAAACCAGAUAAUUGUGGGCUAAAACUAUAAUAUUUUUUCAGGCUUUUCAAUAGCUAAUACUUGACGGGGGGCGCAUACUUCACCUGGAGGGAUUUUCACUGAGAUCCUUACUCACGGAUGUUUGCCUUCUUUCCCGUAGCACCCGAACAGAACCCCUAAUCCAUUGUCUUCGGGCACAAACAGCCCAGGGAAUAUACCGUCCCUUACUAUGUUCCUGAGGUAACCUUUUGUUUUAAACGGGUUCACCACGAGAAGGUAGUUAUUCAGGAGUUAGGUGACCAGAGCAUUAAGAUUAGUCACCAUUCACACCUUCUAUUACACAAGAUGUUCUGGAAACGUUUAAUGCUUUAAUUUGUUGGUGAAAUCUUCCAAUUGAACCGAGUGAUUUUUGUACCAUUGUUUGUCAGGUCAACAUUACGUUGGUUGGCACUUGAAUAGAAUUCUAACAUUUUUUGUCCCUCUCUCUUUAAGAUUACUGUAUACGAUUUCAACGACCAAGCGCCAUAUUUUCCGAAUCCACCAUACAUCGGUGAAGUGGAAGAGAACACACCUUCGGGGACAAGUGUUAUAGUUGUACAAGCUGUGGAUGAAGACGAUCCUUCAACGGUCAAUAACACACAAAUAAAGUACACUUUAGAUGACGACAGCAACGGGAAAUUUGUAGUGGAUGAAAACACGGCUGUUAUAUUUACUACUACAACUUUUGACAGGGAGAAGGACAACAGUGAAUAUAACAUCACCAUCAGAGCCACUGAUCAAGGUGAACCACAACUAAGUGGAACUACAGUCGUCACCGUCAGAAUUGGAGACGCUAACGAUCAUAGACCCCAGUUUAAUCCUAAUGAGUAUACGGCGUCUGUACCGGAGAACGCUUACCCAGGAUAUUAUGUCACGACUGUCAAAGGUACAGAUGGUGAUAUCGGCUUCAAUGCUGCAUUAGAGUUUACUAUCGUGUCUGGUAAUGAUCCUUAUGCAUUUUACAUUGAGCCCAACUCGGGAAGAAUAAUGGUCUCGGGCAAGUUAGACUUUGAAUCAAAGACGAGUUAUACUCUAAAAAUCAACGUAUCUGACCAAGGGCGUCCUAAGCUGACUACCUUGGAUCUUGCAACAGUGUUUAUCACAAUACUAGACGCCAACGACCACCCCCCUGUUUUUGAGCCAGAUGUUUACCAGUUAUCUGUGUAUGAAAAUUCGGCCGUUGGUACUUCACUAUUGGACCUUACAACUACUGAUGGUGACACAGCAAUCGAGACGGAGUUGUUUUUUGAAGUAAUAUUUGGAGAUCUCGCUGAUAUCUUUGAUGUCAAACAGGAUCCAGAUAACCGAUAUGUAGGUAUCUUAUACACAACGGCUUCAAUGGACCGCGAGACACGGAGCAGUUUUACUUUGGAAAUAAUGGCCAAAGAUGAGGACGGGCUUUUUGCCAUUUGCUUGGUCACAAUCACAGUGUUAGAUGUUAAUGACAAUGGACCGCAUUUUGUUCCACCAUUUUACGUUGGAAGUAUUUUUGAAAAUGUUGCUGAUCCCCAGUUUGUUGUCACUCUUACAGCUUAUGACCCAGAUGAACCUUCUAAUGGUCCUCCGUUUUAUUACAAGAUCCUUAAUGGUACGGUCGAUAAUAAUUUCGUUAUACGACCAAACACAGCAGAUGUAUACUCUAAUGGCAUCUUCAAAUACGAACAGAAACAAGAAUGGAAGAUCUGGGUAGAAGCGACAGACAGUGGUAAUCCAUCCAUGACUAAUGUGACUGUGGUCUACAUUCGGAUUAAGGAUUCAAUUAAUAAUAACGAACCCUUCAAUGCUUCAAUGACUAUAAUCUUGAAUUCGUAUCAGGGGCAGUUUGUCGGUGGGAACGUCGGUAAAGUGUACUAUCAAGACGACGACUUUGAAGUAGAUGUAAAUGGUUAUAAAAUUUUAAGCCAAAAUCCAGGGUCUUAUUUCACUAUUGACACAAACAAUGGGAAUUUAUCUGCACCAGAGGACAUUCCAAUUGGUUCGUAUAAACUAUCUGUGCAAAUUACAGAGAAAAAUCGAAAUGUGGCACAGCCUAAGCUCGCUUUUUGUGCUGUUUAUGUAAUCGUGCAAAAUAUUUCUCAGACAGCUGUGAGCAUGAGCAACACAAUUCAGUUUCUGAACAUUCAUAAAACAGCCUUGUUUGUUGGAGACUAUUAUUCUCUCUUCGAAACAAUGUUACCCAGGUUUUUCACAGUUAACCUCCGCGGGGUCUCUAGGCCGUCAGAUGUUUAUAUUUUUAACAUUGAAAAGGACUCAAGGAACCCUCAAGCCAUAAAUGUUCAGCUUGUGGUGAGGAAUGUUCUGUAUUCUUCUGGGUUUAUGAGCCCGACAGAGGUCAUAAUCAAGCUGGCGGAAAACAGAGAAUCGCUCCAGAAUAUAGGUAAGAUCAGUUAUACAAUUCAAAGAAGCAGCUGACCAAAAUAUUAACGAUGGUCCCCCCUAACAGAGCACAAUUACUUUUGAUUCCUAUAUGGAUAAUUACAAAAGAAAUAGGGUGUAACCAUUUACUUCUCAAGGUUCAUGAUUAAGCAGACCUGAUGCAAAAAAGGCUGUGUUCAAGUAAAUGGUUAUUUUCAUAUGUAAUUGGCGAAUGGAGGUGAGCUCAGGCUUUCACUUUAAUAACUGGAUAAGUAUAUCGGAAAUCGGAACAAAUCUAUCUACUGAGCAAGGCUUUACAAAAUACUAAAUCACGAAUCAGGGAAUUAACCAACCAUACAAGGAUAGCUCUACACUGUUUAACUAUUCCUUCAUGUAACCAUAGAAUGUUUUACCAAAACGCUUAUGAAAGGUAUUUAAAGAUCAGGGCAGCGCUAUCCACCGGAUAAAUUACUAUCCAGCGGAUAAAUAUUAGGGAAAAAAAUUGCGCUAUCCAGUGGACAGAGAUUUAUACAGUCGAUAGCGUUAUCCACCUUUUGAACGACUGAGGCCAUAUGUAUUUGAAAUAGUCUUUAAGAAUAUUGUAUUUGUGCAUCGUCAACGGUGUUACAGGAUUUUACAACAUAUGAAGAUUCCUAACAUGUUAAUGAUAACAAACUACAGGUUUAACAAUUGGUGCUUUUGGAAUUGACAACUGCGCUCAAGAGGUUAACAAAACUGGUGUUUGUCAGAACAUAGUUAAAGCUUAUAAUACGUUCACCGUCAUCAGUGGUGAUUACGGUCAGUUUCCCGCUCCUCCAGUGUCUUUGACGUUUGUAUCAGUCAAUCUUCAACUACAGGCAGAUUAUGAGACCAUACUAAAGUCACGUCCUCAGACAUGCGCAGACAAGCCUUGCUUAAAUGGAGGAAUAUGCCAUGAUGUGGAACCAGAAGGUUUGUAUUGUCAG